UAUAGUGAGAAGUCGUAUUAUACACUUUGACCUCGAAGAGGCGAACAAACUACGAGUGCGAGUACCUGAUGAGAACGUGAGCAAUGUUGAGGAUGACAAUUUCUCGUUUCCCGGCGAUGUUGUCGGCCACUUCAUCGACGCCGUCUUCAUGGUGGUCUAUCACUCAUCAAACACCUUCCACGAUAGCCGUCAAGGUGGCUCCGUCUUCAACUCUUCAAUACCGUCGUCGGUUCGCCCUCUUUCUUUGUUCUGAGUCACACCCUACUUCUACCGUCGACUCCACUCCGCUCUCCCUUCAAGAACCCUCAUCAAAGCAGGCCACUUUGAAGUCCGGAUUAUACCUAGUCGGAACUCCAAUCGGAAAUCUUGAAGAUAUCACCUUGAGAGCUCUGCGCGUUUUAAGAUCAGCCGAUGUGAUACUUGCAGAGGAUACGAGGCAUUCCGGCAAGUUGCUUCAACAUUAUAGCAUCAAAACCCCCCUUCUGAGCUAUCAUAAAUUCAAUGAAACCCAACGAGAGCAAUCCAUAUUAAAAAGAUUGAUUGAUGGUGAGAUUGUAGCACUCAUUAGUGAUGCCGGGACACCAGGCAUCAGCGACCCUGGCACUGAACUGGCAAAGUUGUGUGUGGAAGCGAAUAUCUCAGUCAUACCAAUACCAGGGCCUUGUGCUUUUGUAACUGCUCUUUCAGCCUCGGGUUUAUCCACUAUUGAAUUUACAUUCGUUGGGUUUCUUCCCAAAAAUGCGGGCCCAAGAAGGGAAAGGCUCACGGUUUCUGCAAAAGAACUAGCCACACAAAUAUUCUAUGUUCCUCCACACAAGCUUUCACAGUUUCUUGAAGAUACUUCCUCUCUUUUUGGUGAAUCUAGACGAUGUGUCAUGGCACGAGAGAUCACCAAAAUGCAUGAAGAGUUUUGGCGGGGGACUCUAGGGGAAGCUAAAUUAGCAUUCAUGGAUCGGCAACCAAAGGGAGAAAUCACGUUUUUGAUUGAAGGAAAGACGAAUUGUGAGGUUGAAACUCCGUCAGAGGCUCAGUUGGAGAAGGAAUUGGAAGAAUUGAUGUCCAAUGGGCAUAGUCUUUCUACGGCAGUGAAAGUGGUGGCUGCAGGGUCAGCAAUGAAGAGAAAGGCAAUAUAUUCACUGGCUUUAAGAAAAUUUGGGAAGCAACAUGAUUCAGUGGAAAAUGUCGGUUGAAUUAUUUAUUUGUGUGCUUUCAUGAAUUCUUUCGAUUCCUCUAUCUUAGGUGUUUAAGCACAACGCAGUUAUUUUUUGUAAUCUUUAUUAAUUUUCUUUUUGCUUUUUUGAAUGGGAGCUUGGAUUUGGCUAUCA